UGACAGCCUCGCCCCGCGUUGUGUAUCUCAUUCCUUGUUUCUUGGUAGGUUAUGUGUGAAGAUAGGAAUCAGAAUUGCUGGAUCGCAUACCUCGACCUAUUCGGCAACUUUGUCUAGCAACUUCACAGUCAAUUACGUGAAGUCGGAUGGCUAUUAUGAAAUCCCUCUUAACAAGGCUUUACCAUCCGGAAAAUGCGCAGACGCCGCCAAGAAUUUUAAACACCGAGAACACCAAACCUGACAUAGUCAGCCGGCUUCCCUUCGAGUUGCAUAUCUUUAUUCUCGCUCAUUUGGAACCAAAGGAUAUCGAUGCUGGUCUUAGUGUUUGUCGCCAAUGGCGCGCCAUUUGGCUAAGCGAUGAAAUAUGGCCGAAACUCGCGCAACGGUGGUUCCCGGGUUUGGAGGACCACAUACGUAAAUCAGCUACCGAGGGACAAGACUUGAAUGAGAUGUUCCGCCAAGCACUUCACAAAAUCCAAAGACGAAUGAGUGGCAGGUUUGCUUCUGCUUUGCACCAUGAGAUGUCCUUAGAAGGCGACCAACUUUUUACCUUAAGCAAAGAUGUUCCACUUGCAGAAGGAGGCGUUCAUUCUUACGAAGAUGUGGACGGAUUGGAAUUCGGUACUGAUGCCACUCACUACCCGCGCUUUAUGAUGUACGAUAACGGUCGAAUAGCCUGGUGGCCGGAGGCGUAUGUUCUUCCUUAUCUUGCCGUAGUCGAUGAUUUACGGACAAGAAAGCGGAGGGCAUACCUAUUCCCAAAUAAUGAUGGGGAGAAACAAGGCCAUAAGACUGCGAUGAGCGACAAGCUGCUUCUGAUGGGGCGUGGAAGGACCUUGAAUGCUUGGCAUCUUGAGCUAGAUCGUCUUCACUCUACUCAGGUACCUGAGGAAUUCGUUCGCUGCAUUACUGAAGGAGAGAAAAUCCUCGUUGUUACAAGAAACGCAGAGGUGUUUUUGUGGCGUUUUGGACAAGAACCGCAGUACAUUGACAUCACUGGUUGUUAUGCCAAGGGACCUGUCGGCACAGCUCACCCUUACAAUUUUGUCCUCGGACAGUUUACUCCUUCUCACAACAUUGGCUCGCGCCUUGUCCGAAGCGGGACUUUACUCGAUUUCAUCAUUUCCCCCACUGAAGAUAAUGUUUUCUUCGUUAUUACGUACGAUCCUGCCCCACAGAAAGAACUUCGCGUGAACGAAAUCCGCGACGGUCAACUUGUUGCUACCUACCGCCUAGACAGAAGUCUAUGGGCCGACGUAAUCGUGGACCCCGGAGACUUCUCCAAUCUACGCUGGGAGAAAGUCGAUUCAUUUGGUGGUUAUUGCUUGAUGAAUGCUGCAUCUGAGACACCGGAUACGACUCGUGAGCCUACGUGUCCUCCCAACAGUAGCAUUCUCGUAUCCGUGUGCUUCAACAUCUAUACCAAAUCCUUCACGAUUCCCCAUUAUCAUCGCAUAGACUCCCACAACCACGGAAGCGUAUAUCAGAUUAGGAAUAACCGAAUAACUGCAAGCGACACAGAUAGUUCGCGGGGUACGGUCUUGUCGCUCCACCCCUGCGCUCGGGGCGCAUACUCUUAUGAAAAAUACGGCCCCACCCCCUUUUACUCAACUAGUGGGUCAAAGUCAAAUGGUCCUUUACGUCGGCAGCGAAUGACGUCCGAUGCGGAUGAGUGGGAUGCGGACUUCGUGCUUGAUUUUAAUGGCCCUCUUAAGACGAACUCAACCGACAUGGCCAGCAUAUACCCGCCUCUAAUUCGCGGAGUUCGGAGGCUAGUGGGUGACGAUGAUUUUCUGCUCUUGGUCGUUCGGCAAUCAUACAUUGUUUGGAGUUUCGGCGAUGAGAUACAUGGCAACAUUGGAGACAACAGACGAAGCCUGUGGCGCAAAUUGAUACGCUAAGAUUUUCAUACCUGGAAAGUUGAUCACGGGUCUAUGAGUACCAUGGGUGGCGUUUGAUACCCGCUGUAUUAUAGAGCAUCGUGUACACUGAAUUUGGACUCUUUCAGGCAGAUUGGAACGUUUCUUCUUACAUAAACUAUAACUAGGUAUCAUAGAACGAAUGUUUCCAAAGAAAGAACUUUUACACAAAGGAAAAAAAGCCGAGACUCCUCGCGCGCGAUAACAACAUUCUUCCGCAACGACUAGAACUACAAGAACGAAUGAACCCGACAUAAGUCGGCUGACGUGUUAAUAAACCUUCUCGUCCAAUCCCAUCAUUUACCCUGAUCCUACAGUAAUACUUUGGUCUCCCUUAGUUAAAGCUUGUUCCCAGUGG